UUAUCAAAAAGAUUCACAAAAUCCAAUUGUUUCACUUCUAAAAGCCUAAAAGCCUAAAGUAUUCUUUCCUUAUAAUAAACUGUAUUCAAGCUAAACCACAUUAUAAAAACUGAAAAAGACGACAAUAAAAAUUGUUUAAACUCACUGAAAAGGAUUUGCUUUUCAAAAAAAAUAGCAUUAUGGUACAUGCAAAGAAAUGAAAGAGACGCUAAGCAUUUGAGAAACAAACGAGAAAAAAGUACGGCUUUAUAGCGCAAUAUUUAAACAGAUUACGAGGAUAUGUUAGCGGCAAACUGCAUGCUGGAUAUCAGUUUACGAUCUUUACUGCAGAAAAAUGAGAUCUUGGUGAAAGCUGGGUGAAAUGCAUAUUAGUUUUGUAUGUUUAUCGUCAAUGCUUCAAAAUUUAGUCAAUAAGAAGAGAGGAAUUAGGACAGUUUUCUAGAAUAAACAGAGGCUGAAGGGCAGUUUUAUCAGAUUUACGAAUAACUAUUUCAAACAGGUUCUCUGUAAAUAUAUCGUGGUUAUGAUCCGCUUAAGUGAAUUCAAGGCAGCAGAACAGAGUUGGUAAGCCAAACAGGAUAAAAAAUGAGUCCAAAAAUCCUAAUCGACAUGAAAAGAACGCUGUGAUAACAAUGGUGGCUGCGAUAGAAAGAAAAAUCAUGUGAUCGAACUGCUCUCACAAAGUACAUAGAAAAAAACGAAAAUUUGAAUAAAUAUUGGUUUUGAUCUGGUUUUGAAACGCGACUUUAAAACAACAAAGCAUAAAUCGAUUGUGCAGGGAAGACUUCAUGAAGGCAAUUUAUGAAUGAAGAGAUUACAGAGCAAAAUCUGCUGGAAGACAGGUCCACGAUUAAAGUGAAAGAUAAUGAAUGGUAGAAAAAAUGAUUAACCGAUGGUUUUGAUAACGUGAUCAAUUUAUGAUUGAAGUGAUUGAGGUAAUGAAGUGAGUCACUGAAACUACAAAGGACCAACAGCUGAUGCAUUGAUCAAAAUCAGUUCGAAUCAGCAAAGGUGGAAAUACAGUGCUGGUCAGUUUUGGUUAGGUUGAUUGUCAAAGAAUUCAAUUUGAUACAAUCAAAGCAAGAUAUCAAUACCGGGGAACAUGCCAUCGCGAGCGAUCGGCAUAAGUAAUAGGUAAUCAGGUGAAAAAGCUGGCACUGUGGAAGAAAGGAAAUCAAAUCAUCAGACUGGAUUAUCAUGGAUUAGCAAAUCGAACGGCAGAUAGAAAUAUCUGAUAAUCAACAGAUAAAACUCAAUCUGGUGACCAAAUAAAAUGAUUAAACAGUUUAUUCGAGGAUUACUAAUGCAAGACUGGGAUAUAAGAUGAAAAAUCUGUCAGUUGGAUUUUUCUUAACUGCCAAGCCUAUGGUAGAUUGUAGCGAUAAACUGUGAUCUAAAAUAAAAAUAUUUAAUGAAAAAACAGAAAACAUUUGAGAUGUGAUGUUUUACUACGAUGUCUGAUCGGGUUCUGAUAAACGUCCGUGGCACUCAAUACGAGACUUCGAUGAAAACACUUUGUCGUUUCCCCGAUACAUUGCUGGGGAGAAAAGCAAGGCAAGUUUUGCCUGAGACCAAUAACAAGAUAUCUUUUUCGUGCAGAGCAGAAACAUUCGACGCUAUUCUGUUUUAUUAUCAAUCAAAUGGAAUAUUGUCACGUCCUUCACUAAUAUCACCCGAGGAAUUUCUGCGGGAAUGCAGACGCUUCGAGCUUGACGAGAGGGCCAUCAACAAAGUAAAACAACAAGACGGCCUGGCGAUUCAAUCGCACAAAACAGAAAUGAAUUUUAACUUCCGCUUCCAGGAACUUCUAUACAGAACAAUGGAAAGCGAGGAAACUGGUAUCAGUACUGGAAUAUACUUAGCAAUCAGUUCACUUAUGGUUUUAGCUUCAAUUGUAUUAGCGUGUACUAUAACAAUACCCUCCAUUGCACAUACGCGGAAAGACAUACUCUUUGAAGAUCCAUACUUCUUGACUGAACUGACACUGAACAUUCUUUUCUUUAUGGAAUACACGUUGCGACUCAUUGCUUCCCCAAGAAAGAUGAUCUUCAUGGUUUCGGCUUUAAAUGUCAUCGAUCUUACGGCGUUUUUGCCGUUUUUUGUUAUCCUUGCCGUGGAUCCGUCGCAAGUGUAUGACGUCACUUUACUAAAGAUCGUCCGCAUCAUAAGAAUAGUCCGGGUACUGCGCUUGGCGGUGAAAAAUAGUACCAUGGCAACAGUCGUUAACAUACUAAACAACUGUGUUCUUGACAUACUAACAAUGUGUAUGUACAUUUUAUUGACAAGUGUUUUCUGGGCAAGCAUGGCAUUCUACGCGGAAAUGGCGCAGCCAAACACGCGGUUUAAGAGCAUACCGGAUUCAAUGUGGUGGGCAGUACAAACCGUUCUGACGAUUGGUUACGGCGAUAUCAUACCAGAAACAUGGCAAGGAAAGGUAAUUGGCUCUGGUGUGACAGCACUAGCCGCAUUCACAUUGACAGUGCCAUUGUUGUCUCUAGGUGGCAAACUUUUAAAUUUAUAUUCGAAGAAGUUUCAUUUGCAUGUCGGGCCAGAUUUAGUUUCCGAAUAAAUGCUUGAAUAACAUUUA